AUGUCUGCAGUUAAGAUAAAGGAUAUCAAAACGACAUUAGGCAAAGUCACCAUCUGUCUAGAUGAAUUAGCAUCAACUGUUGAAGAACGACAUUCAAUAUUUCAAAUGAAAUUAACACCAACCACCAAUGAUAACUUUGAAUUGAUAAGCUUAUUACAACGAAUAGUACAAUACUUUAAGUAUCUACAAGAUGACUUCUCGGGGAUAAGCAACACAACCCCAGCUAUAGAAUCCUUAUUGGGACAGUUUGCUAUUUGUUCUAGUCAAUAUAAUGAAUUAUAUGAAAGUUUAUUGGAUGAUACUACGAUAGAUAUAAGAGAAUAUGAAUAUAGUUUUAAACGACCAGUUACAAGUACAAAAUCAGUACGAUUCCAAGAGAGUACACAUUCAUCUACAAACAAUAAUGAGAAUAGGGAUGAGUUAAUGGGUACACGAGCAUUUAAACCCUAUACGGAUGAACUGGGUGACGAGACAAUAUCCGACGGCGAAUCAUUUAACGCUAGUGAUAAUCGAGAAAUGUUUGCUCAACAUCAACAAACAUUAUUAAGACAAGAUGAAGAUUUGGAUGUAUUGCAUUCCUCGAUCAGACGUCAGCAUUCUAUGGGGGUAGGGAUUAAUUCAGAAUUGGAUGAUCAUUUGAUUUUAUUGAAUGAUUUAGAAUCUGGGGUAGAUGAUGCUGGAUAUAGAUUGAAUUCUGCUGCUAAUAGAUUGCAUGAUUUUAGAAGGAAAGCUAAAGAGAAUGGGAGUUUGGUUACUAUAGUUGUAUUAACUGUUAUAUUGAUCUUAUUAUUAGUUGUUCUUAAUUAA